AUGUACAAAAUUUUCGCUAUCGUUGCCUUUCUGGCCGCUGCCAACGCAGGUCCUAUUGACCACCACCAUGGAGCUACUUCUUUUUCGUCAUUCAACAACGACCACAGCUCAGUCCAACACGUUCCAUCUGCACCAGCUCCACUCAAAUACGCUGCUCCUUCUUACUACCAAGCUCCUGCUGUAGCUAAACAAACUGUUCCAGUCUACCACAGUGCUCCAGCUGUACACCAAUACUCUGCUCCAACUGUACACCAAUACUCUGCUCCAACUUACUCUCACGGCCCAGUUGUAGCUAAACAAGUAUACGCUGCCCCUGUAACUAAAUACGUAGCUGCUCCAGCUUACAAAGAAGAAGAACAAGGUCCAGCUCAAUACGAGUUCGCUUACGUUAUUGAAGACCCACACACUGGUGACUUCCAUUCUCAGCAAGAGCACCGUGACGAACACAAUGUCCAAGGACAAUACUCCCUCCACGAAGCCGAUGGUACCGUCAGAAUUGUCAAGUACUCCGACGAUGGACACGGUUUUAAUGCUGUUGUAGAAAAACAAGGAGAACCUACUCCAGCUCCAGUAGCUUACAAGAAUUUGGUAGCCCCACAAUACAACCAAUACCAUCAUUGA